UUCAGGAAGUAUCCGUUCUUCUUCCCCGUACUGGGUUGUACGGUUUCGCUGAAUCAUUCUUUUAAUAAUUAGUAUUCUUCACCAUUUUUCAAGGAGAUCAAUGUCCUGGAGGUGUAGAUCACUCUCAUCUCCUCCAGUGGUUGAUCACCCGUCUAUGGCAGCUUUCUAUCUGGGGUAAUUAUCGAACUCGCUGGUCGAGUCUAUUCAAUUUAAUUUACGUCUCUUGACAUCAUAUCCUGUGAUUGCUCGCAUAUUCUCAGUUACAUAAUUUCUUUUCUACACAUCGUACUCUGAUUGUGUCGGAGUCAUCAAAAUUACUUCUUUGAUCGAGAAUGCCCUCGGGUCGCUUACCAUCUCCAACAGCGUCGGAUGUCUUGCUUUAUCGAUACCAGCAUGGAGUGAACCAAGGGACAGCAUUCAUACGGGGUCCGUGGCGAGAUGGCGACUAUUCCAACACCGAUCCAGGAGGAUCAAAAGAGUUAGCAGAGAUUCGAAAGUCUCUCCAAACGGUUGGCUUCCAUGAAACAAGCAAAAAAUGGGAAACACGGUGGGCGCGGGCAGUGUUGGAAUCGGACCUCUCUUGGCUGAGAACAACGGCACGAUGCAAUUCGAUCCGUCUCCCAAUUGGCUUUUACACGCUUGGCCCGGCAUUUUGUCUGGAUACAGAUUUCGAAGGAGAACCGGCACAUGUGUACGACCAUACCUGGGGUAUCGUGAAGCGAUAUGUGGACAAUUGCUACAAUCACGGCAUAGGCGUCUUGAUUGAUUUUCACAUUGCGCCCAUCUGCAAACGCACCAGGGAAUUGGCGAGGGAUUGCAUCGCGUUCAUCAUGCAAGAAGUCACCUUCCAUGCGAUUUUAGGGGUAACAGGCAUCCAAAUAUCGAACCUGAAGGAUUGGCACAUUCAAGACUUGACGGACUGGUAUAAUGAAGUGCUGGAGGUCACCAGUGCUAUCAACCCAUCGUUGCCUAUUUACAUCAGCGACGGCGGUAACCUCGCUGCGGCUGCGGACUAUGCAGCAUCAAAGAAUCGGCUUCCGGCGCCUGCAGGGAGGAAUCCCGUGGUGAUCGAGACGCAUCGGUACUAUCAUGAUCAACCGACAGAGCCACAGUCUGUUAUCCAACAGGUCUCAAAUGUUCUACGGGACAUUGCAGUCCACAAUGACAAGACCUACUCUCACGAUGGUCCGGUCGAUGUCUUCGUCGGUGAAUACACCUGCACCUUGAACCCCGAAACGCUACGUUGCGUGGACCCAUCCUCUCAACCCGCACUCAUCAAGCAAUUCGGUCAAGAGCAAUGCAAAGUCUGGGCCGCCCAUGCCAGCGGAUCCGCCUUCUGGGCUCUCAACACACACGACAGUGACGAUAGCACGAAUUUCAAACAGCAAGUCGCCUCAGGCGCGAUCUCCCCUCCACAGUGGCUCAAACUAUCCCAAACCCAAGUCCACGAGAAACUAGAGAACGCCAAAACGCAGCGCGCACACCUGCGUGACACUGCAAUCAUACAAAACGAGAAGUCAUGGGGCACCUACGACCAGCGUCACCAAUACGAUCUGGGCUGGAACCUAGGCUUCAGCGACGCGACGAGCUUCUUUUCCGCCAGAACGCAGCACAUCCUCCCUGGCGACGGCGAGGGAGAAGGAAGCGACAAGAUCGGGAUGCUAACGCUGUGGAUUCGAAAACGUCUCCUGGAUACGGGAUACCUUGUCGAGGACCUGUAUCCCGAAUGGGAACAGGGGUUUCGUCGCGGGGUGGGAGACUUUAACCAUGUAGUUGGGUGAAAUGUUUCAUCUAUUGCUUUUGCAAAAACGUCGUUAGGACUGUACCUAUUGUAAUCUAUACCAUGUUGUCAUGUUGGGAUGGCAUACGGACCAUAAAUAGGCGGUUUACAAUCCGCACAAAAAUAACCUCCAGAGCCUUAGGAUGGAGAUAGUCAU